AUGAGGGAACAUAUUGUCAACGCUAUCGAACAAUACAUUGACAAGCAUUAUGACAAAAUUCGACAGCACGUCGACAAGAACUUGGAGAGACUUAAGGACAUCAUCGUUGAAAAGCUUCCCACUCAUGUCUUAGAAUUUAUCAAGAAACAUUCCGAUGAUGGUGAUGGUCAUGAAAGCAUGAUGGAAAGCCUACUUCAGGUUGUCUCAUCCUUGGCCGACAAGUUGACCGAUGAAUACAAGGAAGAAAUUCGUGUCGUCGUCAGGGAUCAUCUAGACGAGGUUACCGUCGAUUCGACCGAUCAUUUGACCGGGGUGGUGGUGAAAGAAUCAAAGAGAGCCGUCAGGGAGGUCACAAGCAGAGACGAUGAUGGCGAAUCGUGGUGGAAAGAUAUCGACUUGUCAUUCUUGAAAGGAGGUAGAGAAGGAAUAAUCGAAAAGAUCAUGGAAAUCAUUAGACCUCCAGUUCAACGCGCUAGUGACGACAUCAAUAGAUCUGUUAGUGAAAGGAUACCCGUAAAGGCCAAGGAGAAAUUGUAUCAACGGCUUGGCGUUGGUGGUGGGCCUGUGGAGAGCGUUGAAUACGAGAGUCGGGAGGUUCAUGAGGGAGAACGUGGAAUUAAAACAAAACACAGCUUCACCAAGGUCAUUGGUUCAUUCAUGGGCGGAGGAGAGGGUGGUGGGGGUUUGCAUUUUGGUUUCAUAGAUAGAAUUUUCGAGAAACUUCCCGAUAAGAUUCAAUUAGCAUUGGCCCCACACUUUCAAGAAUUUGAGGAAAAGUUGAUGGAGCAUUUGCAUAUUGAAUUGCAUGAAAACAUAUUCAAGGAAGAAAAUUUCUUGCAUGGAAUGAAAACUUUGAUUG